UACAGGUGAGCAGCAUGACCUAACCAGCACGCACUGGACAGGAAGGAGCACCGAAUCCUGGACUUUUAUCUGUCACUGCAAAGCUUUGACCGCUGCACACUUGAUCACCUGCAGCCUGUUAUAUUUAUCUUCAGAGGGACAGAAAAACGAACACAGAGAAUGUUUAGAUAAUGGACCGUGGCUUGCCAUCUACUUGAAAACUACUUCAGACUGACUGAACAACCACAACAAAAUAAAAAUCUAAAUAGUGAAGAAUUAGAGCUAAUUGAUGAUAAUCCUUAGCUGCAGUGUCUUAAUAUUUAUGAAGACUACCACAGAAAAGAAAUAAACUUUAUUCCUUAACUAUGUUUGAUAAAAACAGAAGUGAACUCUCCUGAUUUUAGAAACUGAAUCUGCAAGAGAAACAAGCAGGAGACGAGAAUAAAGCAGCUCUGACUGAGUGCUUUUGAACACUGAAUAGAAAACAGUCUCUGGACUGACCUUUUCCAGAGUGAAAUGUUAUUCCUCACAUGCACCUUAACAGCAGGAAGCCUCCAUAUGCACAGUUCCCUUUCACGUCACUGUAGACUUAUGAUCUCUGAGAUAAAGUGCAGAUCCUUUUCUUUGAAAGAAAAGUAAUCUGUGGGCUGCAGACUGAGAUGCAAACAAAAACCAUGUUCUGGUGACCAAAAAUAGAAAAAGGAGGAAGAAACACUUCUGGGAAAGAAAAAUAGAGUGCUAGGGAGUUACAAAUAGAGAAAACUGGACAGUUUCUCAACCCUCUUUGAGAGUUUCAACAGAGCACAACAAACUUGAGCAAUUUUAUGGCUGUUUUCCAUGGGAACUCAUCCAAGGCACAUCGGAGCUGACCCUCCUGGGAGGUCCAGAUUGACUAAGAAUAAUACUUCACGAGGAACAAAGUGAAAGCACACUUCUUCAGUCAAAUUUCAGCUGACUGCGGGGCAACUUUUGGAAGGAUUACUAUUGAAAGAGGAGCCAUGCCUGGAAGCAGCAACCUGGAACUCUGAGCUGCUUCUAUUCCUUGUCCUUUAGGUGUUUUAUUUAAACAUAUUCACCGCCUACCACUAAGGAGUAAAACAGACAGAGGAAAGAGACAGAAGCAUCUUAUUGUGCUGAGUGAUGGAAAAGGGACACAUGUCCAUCAGGAGAGGGGUGAGCUGGAGUCCAGGAGGACUGAGAAAACCUCUCCAACUAAGACAAGAUAUGCACACCCCUGAGACAGACCACAACACAUCAUGGGAGAAGACUGGAUUAAACAAAGAGCACAUGAGCCGGAAAACAAAUCUGACCAGGAGUGCCAGUUUAUCAGAGAAGGAGCUGAAGGAGGCACGUGUGAGAAGUCAGAUCAUCGCUGCUCAGCUCACCAUCCCUUCCAACUCCAGCUCCAAGGGUGUGCAGCUCUUCAACAGGCGUAAGCAGAGAGUGAACGCCUUCACACUCGAAAGCUGUGGACAGGGGUCUGAAGAGGUCAAAGCUGAGAAUGGGAAAAGCCAUCUCUUGUCCAGCAAACUAACAUGGACCGAAAGGAGCAGUGAGGAAAAGGAUAAAGACCUGAACUUUAAGAACAACAAGCCACUCAUCUCCCCACCUAUAAGUGUGUGUUCUGCUGGUGAUAUCAUGGAUGAGCCGGAAAAGGAUUUCCACAAAGAAGAAGACAUGGAAAAUAAGGUUAUCCAAGAGAGACAUUUCCUCCCUGUCAAAGAGGAGGAGGAGGAAGAGGAAGAGGGAAGAGAUGUAAUUCAUGACGAGUUAGAGGACAACAUUAAGCAUGAAACUCCUCUGGGAAACAAUAACACUGAUCCAGGCGUGAUGGAACAUGCUGAAAGGGAGGCUGAGACAAAUGGGGGCCACACACAGCCAGUUCCUGUUGGAAAUCUUCUUAAUGGCUGUCACAGCACCUCUGGGCCUGAGAGGGUGUCUUCACCCUCAUCCAAGCAGACGACCACCAUCACAAAUAGGACUGCCAGGCCCUUUUUCUCACCACCCACAGUGCACUCUCCAGAGGCAGUCAGUCCUGUCAUGGACAUCCCACCUCCUCCGUCUUACUCCACUCCUUCCCUCCCUGCUUCCACUGUGACUCAACCUGUGAUGUUCUCACCUCCACCUCCGCCUCCGUCAUAUCCCACACCUCCUCUGCCAGCCUUCACGAACCAUCCCCCACGGGGCUUCUACUCAAGUCCACCUCCAAUGUCUCCUGCCACGUCCCCCUCCUCUCCUCCACCAUCCCACUUCCCUGUUUCUCAGUAUCCACCCAUGCCCCACUGUGGCCCUCCCAUAGCACCAAAGCCCUCCACCUUUGUUCCUCAGCCUGCUGGAGAGAAGAAGCUGAUAACAGCGAUCAAAACAGGAAUACUUGAAGAAAGUGCCGCCAGGAGGGCUAGUAGAAAGGCAAUGUUCACAUUCAAAGAGAAGCCAGUGGUAGCUCCAAACCCUGAACUGCUCUCGCUGGUGCAAGGGGUGGAUGAAAGGAAGAAACAUGGACUAAGAUCUGUGCCAGAGCCAGCAUCAGAAGAGGAGCUACUGGCUCUGGGUGCAGAGGCCUCCAAUUUCCUUGCCAAAGAAGAGGACAGGGCGGAGGGAGCAAAUGCUCCAGAGUGGGCCUCCUGUCUCAAGAGCUCAAGAACCCGACCAAGGACGGAGCACCGGCCAGAGCAGAAUCUCUCCAAUGUGUCUGGAAAAGGGGCUGAGCUGUUUGCCAAGCGGCAGUCCAGGAUGGAGAAAUAUGUUCUUGAGAAUCAGAAUGCAGGAAAAAUUAGGUCACCCUCCCCUACGAUGUCUCUGCCACCAUCUUGGGUUUACCCAUCAAAUAUGCCUGGAAGGGUGAAAGCCAUUGCUAAAAACUCUGACAUGAGCGCUCAGCUUUCACAGAAUCUAAAGGCCCAACAAGCAGUCAAACAAAAACCACAGCCCAAAGCUGCUCUGCCAGAGACGGUUCCAGAACCGCCUCCUUUGGAAAAUGGUUGCUCCAAGAUAGAAAUGGACCUCUCAAGGCACCGACCUUACCAGAUUAACUCUUCCCUCUUCACCUUUAACCCAGCUAAAGACCCAAUUAGUACCCUACCCAGAGGAGCACCACAGGCCAAGAGCAUUAUUCCCACCCAUACUUACUCCAGACAAACUUCUCUGCCUAACAACCCUCCAUCUCACUUCAGUACCCACAGCAUGUCUCCUCAAAUGCCUCUUAGUCCCACAGGAGCAUCAGAUUCAGCUUCUGGACAUCCAAGAAUCAGUUCUCCUAUGACUGCCUUUUCUCCAGAGCGAGUAUCCUCUCCUCGGUCGGGAGUACAGGCACCAAGGCCCACGUUUUCUGCCAAGAAGGCAGGAAUUAUGCCACAGGCAUCAAAGGAGUCCUUCCCUGGUGAAAUUCCCAGUAAGACACCCACACCAAUCAGCACACCCAGUCUCACCAGACGUAUCAGCAGCCCAGAUGGCCCAACCAGUGGAAUCUGGACCUCCAGCCCGCAAACAAACCGAGCUUCCACCACCAUCAGCGGCUCUAUCCGCUCAGUCAUUUCUCCUGUGACCUCUCCUAGCAGUACAAGAUGCCAGUCACCUAUGAUUGGUCAGAACAUCCAGUGUCCCACUGCUGCCUCCACUUCUACACCUAGACCUUCCCAAAUGGCUGCAGUCACCUCUCCAUGCUCUCCUCCUUGGGGUUCAAGAUGCCAGUCUCCAAUGCUCAAUCAACCCCCCACCACGUCCUCCAUCCCUGCUUUCACACCACUCGAAAUCUCUAAAACUCAUUAUCCUCUUUCUCCUCCUUGGGGUGCACGAUGCCAGUCUCCAAUGGUGAGCCAGAACAAGUCCUCCACUACUGCCUCUUUUUCUGCUACAAGACCCUCCAGAACAUCUACAGCCACUUCCCCAUGCUCCCCUCCUUGGGGAUCAAGAUGUCAGUCCCCAGCAGUGUGCCAGAAUAUCAAGUCUUCCACCAUUUCCUCUGGUUCUACAUCCAGACCCUCCCAUACGCCUCCUUGGGGAUCAAGAUGUCAGUCACCAUCAGCAAGCCAGAAUAAACAGUCUUCCACUUUCUCUAUCAACACAUCCAGACCAUCCCCAACAUCUACAGGCACAUCUCCUUCUGGUGCACUAUGCGGCUUACGUUCCCAGUCACCUGCACUCUUUCAAAGCAAUUCUUCCUUUCCUUCCACUAAACCUCUAUACACAUCCUCUGCCACCUCUCCUCCCCCACAACCAAAAGACAGUUGUUGCAUGUCUCCCAUUGUUAAUAAUCUAGACUCUAAAACCAACCAUCGGCUUCUGGCAAAAAAUAUUAUCAAUGCAGCCAAACGUAAAAACAGCCCUUCACCUGGUGCACUGAGUGGUCACAACCUCCCCAUCUCACCUGUGGGAAACGCCAACCAUGACUGGCACAAACCACCCAUCAGCCACUUCCAGUCACGAGCAUUGGGGGCACAGUCUCCUACUUUCACCAGUCCUCCUCCCACUCCCACUCAGAGAAUCUGCUCACCUGUGCGGCUCUACAACACCCGCUCUCUGACCGACUCGGACGCCUCUGUUGAGUCUGAAGACUCAGGCCUUCGGUCGCCUGGCCUGCACUCCUACAACACCUGCCCCCGCGGCUGGGGUGGGAGCCUGAGGGUCAAGAGAAGCACCGUCUCCACCGACCUGUGAGAGUGUUACUGUGUGUUAAAUAAGAAAGAAAAUUCAGUUUUCAUAGACUUUUGUGGCAUUGAAUCACCCAGAGGAAGAGUAUCUGGUAAAGUUUUAGAAGAGUUACCUUUCCUUUAUGUUGCCUGCUGAUCCUAGAUCACGGUAAAUGUUGUACCAAAGUAGUUUUCGUAUUUCUUUUGGCUCACAGGCCUAGUAUAGACUGACAAGAACAAGCUUUUUAUAAAACACAGUUGCUGUGGCUUGUACGCUUCUUACAUACCAAAGAGUGCAACAUAACUAAAGACAAUGAAAUUCAUUUUAAAAUAGUAUGAUACUUUUUACACCUUUACCACAAACAAACCUUCAGCACAACAUAUUUGAUUAAUCAUAUAUGAAUGAUUAUAUUUGUUGGUCUGAUACAAGUCAAAAUGGGAAAAAAAUUUAAGGCAUUAAAGGGACGCCUAAAACAAGAAGGUUCAAUGGACUGUUCAGUUCUUAGUUUGAGGCAUUCACAUUGUGUUGUUUUAAUAUAACAUAAAAAUGACUAUACAGUCAGUUCAUAAUGAAUACUGAUUCCUUAGUUUCCAUCACAAAAACACAGCAAUGCCACUCGUAUCGUUAUACACAGUAAAGGAAUUCACCAGUUCAUUUUAAUCAGUGUAAAUUAAUCAAAUUCACAAUGAUCACAGUGCAAUAAUCACUUUAACACAAUGUAUAUAUAUAUAUAUAUAUAUAUAUGUUGCUCUACAAACUGAACUUGAUUUAAAUGAAUGUAAGCUUUACAGACCAAUUCAGACAGAAGGACAGAAAAGAGGGGAGUGCUGAACAGGAAGCGCUCUGCGGAGAUUAAAACGCCUUUUCCAUCAAGCACUGCGGACAUGCUUCAAGAGGAAGUUUUCAUAGUUGUUGUAUUUUGUGUGCUUGUUUUGUUGCUUGUAAUGGUGGCCAAUAGUUAUGACCUUUGCAUCAGCGACAUCUUUGUUGAGGAGCAGACUAAAAGACUGGUCUUUUACAAAGAGCCUGUCUGGAUGCGGUUUGGAAGCAAAAGUGAAUGUUACAGAAGCAGAGAGGUGUAAGAAGUUGAAUUUUUAUGUGGAAUACAAGGGUUAGAAGAACGUUGUGUGUUGUGAAGUGUUUGCCAGACAGACCAGAAUGGUAUGUUUUCCAGUCACAUAUAAAACUCUAAUGUGUUGUCUCUGCAACCUCUGUUCUUUUUCUACUUGAUUUGCACUUGUCAUUCCAUUUCAAUGACUAACUUGGCAUUGUUAUAAACUUGAUUUGCUCAUAUAGAUAAAUCAAAUAGAUAAAUGUCUUGUUUUACUGUCAGACUUACAACUUGUAGAGGGCUGGAAAAAAAAUGCAACGUGUUGACAUAAAAUUUGCAAUGACCUGCAAACGCCAACCGCUGCCACAACUUUCUGUUUCAACAGCAGAAUCUCAUUACACCAUUCCCACCUUGCCCUGUCUUGCACCAGCACAACAGAUCAUUCCCCGACACGCCGGCCAAAAGCAUCAGCACAUUGCUAAAUAUUUACUCUGUGUAUCUUUUGAGUGACAGGAACUCCUGCUACUUGGUGAACUUGCUCCCUCAGCAGGAUUAAACCUAUCACUGGCAUGGAUUGAUUUCAGCCUGGGUCAUCUCUGGACAAAGUACAGACAUCCUCAAACAUAAAAAAAGAAAUAAUUAAUGUUAAAGUUUCCAGCAUGUUUUAUGAUUCUAUGACUGCAUUUGAAUGAUUCCACUCCUGUUUCAUCCUUUAACUGUAUGAUUGCUGAAUUAUCUGAUGCAAAAUAAAACAUCUAUGAG